AUGAAUCCAAGAGCCUUUAGGCCGAAUAGAAAACCAGCUGCUGUUUUCAGACCUUGGAAUGCAGCAACUUUGGGAGUUUGCCAAGAUCAACAUGCUUUGACCUUGGAUGAGAAAAAACCAUUUGUCAAUAAUAGAUAUGCGAAAUAUAAUCUUGUUAAUGAUAAUAAUAAUAAUCCAUAUCUUAAUAGACCUUCAAGAAAUGAUGAUGGUUGGGGCAGUGGUGGUAGUACUACAGUUGAAAUUGACCAAAAUAAAAAUGAUGAUGAUUAUUGGAGUGUUAAGGCUGAUACUAACCAGAAUAACGAUGAUUGGAAUGUGAAGAAUAAUGAAGAGAGCAAUGGAGGCUGGAAUGUAAAUAAUAGUGAGGAAAAUAUUGAAAAGAAUGAAGGUUGGAAUAUGAAGAACAAUGAAGAGAAUGGUCAUGAUUGGAAUAGUAUAAUUGAAAACGCUAGUGAAAAAAAUGAAGGUUCAAGUGAAAAUACUAAUGAGAAGCGUGAAUGUUGGAAUGAAAAUAGUGGUGGGAGGAAUGAAUGUUGGAAUGGAAAUAAUAAUGGGAAGGGUGAAGAAGGUUCGAAUAACACGGUUGAAAACACUAAUUGGAGUGACAAUCAAAAGUAUGUAGAAGGUUAUAAUAGUACAGUUGAAGCUGCUAAUUAUAAUAAUAACGAUGACUACUGGGGAAAUGAAGAAAAUCAGUUAGAAAACAGCGAAAAUAAUAAUAGUAUUAGUGAGAAGAAUAAUGAAGAUGAUUAUUGGGGAAGUGAAGUACAAGAUAAUCAAGAUAAUAAUAGUGAUAAUGUUGGUUAUUGGAAUGGUACAAGUGAAAACAAGAUUAGUAAAGAAAAUAAUAAUGAUAAUUGGAAUGUUGGGGGAAGUAAAGAAAAUACAGUUUCAAUCCCUAUUCCAAUUACUACCAUUUCAGCUACAACUUCAUCAAAACAAGAAUGUCCUAAUGUUAAUAAUGAUUUUGAUCGAUCACUAAUCAAAAAAUUAAAUGCCAUAUCAACAACUGAUCAGAAACAUGAUGAUGGAAAAGAAUCCAAUAGUCAUAAUUUUAAUCAAAAGAUUAUAACCAAUAUUAAUAAUAUUAUUUCCAAUAAUAGUUCUCAGAAAGUUCGAGGUGGUGGUGGUGAACCUAGGGAAAUUUUGGUUAAACUUAAACAAAAAUUGCUUGAUCUUAGUGACGAUGAAGACAAUUCACCAGCUGUAAACAAUAAUAAUAAGAAGGAAACAACUACUGACACAGCUGCUGCAAAAAAAAGGAGAUCAGCUGAUUUUAAGAUAAUCGAUGUGGAGGGUUUCUUAAAACAAGACUUAGAAGAAGAAUUAAAAAAGAUGAUGGGUGAUUUAAUGAGUCAAGAUUCCACUUCUUCUACCACAAUUGAAAACAGACGGUCAGAUAUUUUCACUCAACCAUUGGCUGGCUUAACUCUAGUCAAACACCUUUCUACUUGUUAUCAACCCAUAACAUCCUAUUUAGAUUUAGGCGUUAGAAUCACUACUUCGUAUGCAUACAAUUGA